AUGGCUUCCGAAGAGAACAACAUGGCUUCCGAAGAGGACAACAAUAACAGCACCAUGGAAGCCACUAUCCUACCACCGGCGAACAUGGACGCUGACGAGUACGACCACGAUAGUACGUUCGGUGGCGAUCGGGAAUCCCUAGCGAGUAGCUCCACCAGUCUGAACUCCGAAAUCACACGCUAUCAAUUCGAACAUGGUCGGCGGUACCACGGAUAUCGCGCGGGCGCAUACUUAUUCCCAAAUGACGAGGAAGAGCUGAAUCGCAUGGACAUCGAACAUCAAAACUGUCUGGUGCAAUUCGACGGGAAACUCCACCUUUGUCCGCUUGACAAUCCGAAGGAAAUUCUGGAUCUGGGAACAGGCACAGGAUUGUGGGCCAUUGAUAUGGCAGAUCAAUAUCCAGAAAGCAGCGUUAUUGGUACGGACUUAAGCCCCGUCCAGCCGCAAUGGGUGCCACGAAACUGUGAAUUCCUGGUAGAUGAUUUCGAGCAGGACUGGACCUUUGGCGAGGACAGAUUCGACCUGAUCCAUGCUCGGUAUCUUUGUGGUUCCAUUGCCUCAUAUCCCGACCUCUACAAACGGAUAUACAGGGCUCUCAAACCGGGCGGUUGGGUAGAGCUUGUAGACAUUCAAUGCGGAACGUUCUCUGAUGAUGGCUCUGUCGCGCCCGACUCACCGUCCAACAUCUGGUGGUCUACAUUGAAAGAAGCAUUCGACAAACUCGGCAAGCCAAUUCUUGACAUCGAGGCCUAUCCAAAAUAUCUAGAAGAGGUCGGCUUCGAAAACAUCGACAUGCAAAUGCUGAAGCGACCAACCAACGACUGGCCCAAAGACCCUAAAAUGAAGGAGAUUGGCAGGUACACCUGUCUCAACUUCUUGGAGGGCCUUGCAGCGUUCGCCAACGUGCCUUUCACUCGUGCGCUGGGAUGGAAAAUUGAAGAAGUGUCAAUCCUCAAUGCGCAAGUGAAAAAGGAGACUGUCACUCGCAAAAUUCACGGCUGGCAAAAAGGGACUGAAAUCCCCGAGACUUUCACCCCUCACCUGAGCCUCCGACAAUACAUCACUACCGGAUCACCAAAACGGAAACACCAAUCUGCAGACCCAAAAGGAUUCCUGCUCAGGACUUCGCUCAUGGCGUCAGCGCCUCAGUUCAGCACCGGUGCUGCAACUCCUGCGGUAGCAGAGGGUCCUCUCAUCGUCGAGCCGAAAAUGUCCCCACCACAAAGAUCCGACACCGUGGAAAGCCAGGCCUUCUUCGAUGCACCAGAAAUAUCACAGGCGAGGCCGAUCCCAAAUAAUGUAGAGCGACAGAAGUUGGAGCGAGCACCGCCGUCAACGAUGUCCCACGUAUCUGUGGCACCUCCCGGCUCCGUCUUGACCGGCAAGCAGGAGCAUUACCUCAAACGCGAGCUCAUGGCGCAACAGACAAACUGGGAGGUCCGCGAGUUGUCGAGUCCCACAGCGCUCCGACGAUUCGGCGCGCCCUUCCAUUCAGAUGCUGGCGAGGUCGCCCCUGCCGACUCAGAACUCCCAUUAUUACGGUACAUCUUUGUAAACCAUGUACGGAACUUCCCAUUCUUGAACCAGGCGAAAGAGAAGGAAUUUUGGCAGGAUAAGCUUCAGGUAUUCCUGGAGAGCUUUGCAAACAAGCACAUUUCUUCCUCGGAGGAUCGUUUGGAAGAGACAAAGAGAGCCAAGUUGGCCUUGAAGGCGACCAAGCUCGUGGAGCUGAUGAUGGUAUCAGGCAUUCCCACCGCAUCAGGAUACGAAGAGCGCAUUCGAUUCUCGGAGCUGGAGGUCGUGGAUAGUGGCCCCAACGAGCAAGGCCUGGUAGUCAAUGUCCCUCAGGGCCACGAGAUCAACGGCUGGGAUAUCAACGUUGCUGGAGUCCGGAUGGUCAGUGUCAAGCGACACGUACGGUCUCAUGACCACGCCGAGUUCCUCCUUCGUGUCAAGCACAAGGACGAGCCGGAGAUUUACGUUUCGCGGCGGUUUGGCGAUUUUGUACGGAUGCACAGGAAACUUCGGUUAGAGCUACCAGGCAAGGUCUUGCCUCCUCUGCCCAAAAAGAACAAAUCACAUUCGAUUUUCAGCAGUGGAGGCGGCAGUGAUGCGGAUAGCCUCUCCUCACAAUCGAUCAAGUCUGGUAAACAAGCUACGCAAGAGCCCAGCCAAGAAGCCGGAGGUAUUCGUGGAUAUUUGGCUUCUUGGACUGGGAGUUCGAAUUCGGCCAGGCAUGGGCGGAAUGCUUCUCGUACUUCUCUUGCGCCGUCAGAGUCAUCACCACGGGGCUCAUACGACUCCCACGGGGUAGCAUCCAGCAAACCCGCCUCUACACCACCUGAUGGAGAUGGUGCUGUUCUCGCCCGCGAAGAGCAGCGAGUAUCGCUCAGGGCAUUCCUGCGCAAUUUCCUACAGAAUGAGAGCAUUGCAUUGUCGAAUUCGAUGCAAGAGUUUCUCACUCAUGACCCCAUCGUGAUGACUGCGGAGGAGCAAGAAGAUAUCGAGCGAAGAAAGUUAAUGGACGAGAAGCGACUCGAGGAACAACGCAAAUUCUUCGAGAUCGCGCGAGAGCGUGCAAGAGAAUUGGACGUCCACAUGGAAAAGUUCAGACGCAGCGUCAUCGAGCGGAACGGGCUUCGAAGCCUGUUCGCCGAGAUUAGAAAGAAAGAGCACAUCGCAGAUCUGGAACCAGAGUAUAAAAAGUUCGCAGAGUGGGUACGGAUAGAGGUCGCGGCGACGUGUUACCACCUAUUUCUUGCAGAAGACAACUCACCGGAAUUAUUCGCACAAGCAAAGCGUAUUCACAGCUUGGUGCCGUAUACUGCCUUGAAGCAGGUCAUUCGGUUCACAAACCCGGCUGCCGUGAUGGCAAACGUGCUUGACAUCUUCAUGGCCCAACCCCUGGGAACCAAGUCAUUGCUUCAACGUAUCUUUGGCCUUGCUGUCGGCGAUGGCAUCAGAAGUAUCCAAAAGACCAUUGAUGCGCUCGUGACGAAGAUUGAGGAGCCGACUUUCUGUGAAAAGAUCCAACGAUACGCUGAGUCUGACGAGGCUCUCAAACGUAGCAUCCGCGAGGAAGCGGACCAAGACAAAGUCGACUUACUUGUGAAAGUGCUGCAAAGCGAGGAGAUUUCUCCUCAAUUAUCGAGCGAGCAGAUUGGCCGCGCGUUCAAUGCCUACGUCGCCUGGGAAAAUGCUGUCGAGAAUGUCGAUGAAGAGAUGCGUCAAGGCGCAGAGCUUUUUGCUCAAUUGAAGCAGCUGCAGCGCCUAUACACCCGCAAGCGCGACAAGCAGAUGAUGCUGGAGCUGGUUGAGGAGACGAAUACCCUUCGUCUCUUCCGCGAUCUCUUCUCCAUCUUCUACGAGCCACUGGUGCGCGUCUACAAGAGCGCAAACGUGUACAACAGCGUCACAGAUUUCGCCCGCUUCGCCGACGAUGCCAUCCAGACCAUCGAGAAAGCCCAACGUCAAGACAUCAGCGCCGAUCCCAACCAGACUGUACAGAGCUUCAUCGACCUUUGCGAAAGACACGAAGACGAUCUCUACAAGUUCAUUCACGAGGUGCACAUCCACGACGACGGUCUCUUCGACAAACUCAUGUCCUGGAUUGAGGGCAUCCUCGACUUCCUCCGCAACGGGCCGAACGGUGGUAAGGUGGACAUGAACGCCCUGUUCCAAGGUGCCGUGGAGAUGAAGCAGAUCGACCGCGAGGUUGCCAUGCGCGAAAUCAACGCACUCAUCAAAUGGCAAAUGGCGCGCAAACGAUGGCACCAGGACAAGACCCGACAGAAGAUGGCCACGGCCGGCGAUCAUAACUCCAACGACAUGGGCGCACUGGCCUCGACGUUCAAGCCCGGCGACUUUGGAUUGCACCCCAUGGAUCUGCAAGACAUGGAGCUCGACGACAACGACGACGAGGACGAUUCCGAGAAUGAAGAUGAGGAUGAUGAUGCGGAUCAGAUCGCUGCAGAGAGGAAGCGGAGACGGAAAAGGCAGGAUCUGCUGAGGAGGAGUGCGGGUGAGCCGGUCAAGCCCCCGAUUGAGGAGCUUCACAAGAUGGCGCCGCAGUUUUUGGCCAUGAUCCGGAAUGUUUUGGCUACUUGA